UCGAGUCCCCGCCACCGGACUCCCUCUUCCUCACGGACUCCGGGCCGCUCCACUCAGGGCCUUGCCGUGCGGCUUCCCCCGAGGGUCGCCCCCAUCCGAUCCAGACAUCAGCUCAUCCCUGGCCCCUCCUCCACCAUGUGGCUGCUCCUCGCCUUCUCAGUCUUGCUGGCGUCUGCAGGGGCCCAGGAUGCUGAGAAGGUCCUGAAGGGGGAGGAGUGUGUACCCCACUCCCAGCCUUGGCAAGUGGCCCUCUUUGAGAAAGGGCGCUUCAACUGUGGGGCGUCCCUCAUCUCACCACAGUGGGUGCUGUCUGCAGCGCACUGCCAGAGCCGCUCCAUACGCGUGCGGCUGGGCGAGCACAACCUGCGCAAACACGAAGGCCCGGAACAACUGCGCGUGGUGUCGCGCAUCAUCGCGCACCCGGGCCACGAAGCGCACAGCCACCGGAAUGACAUCAUGCUGCUGAAGCUGGCCCGGCCGGUGCGGCUCACCCAGAAUGUGCGUCCUGUGCCCUUACCCUGGCGCUGUCCCCGCCCGGGCCAGGCCUGCGUGGUGUCUGGCUGGGGGCUGGUGUCGAACAAUGAGUCCGGGACCAAGGGCAGCCCUGAGUCACAAGUCAGCCUCCCAGAUACGCUGCACUGCGCCAACAUCAGCAUCAUCUCGGACGCCUCUUGUGACAAGGACUACCCGGGAAGGGUGAUGACCACCAUGGUGUGUGCAGGUGUGGAGGGUGGAGGAACAGACUCCUGUGAGGGUGACUCCGGGGGACCCUUGGUCUGUGGGGGAUUCUUGCAGGGCAUUGUGUCCUGGGGUGAUGUCCCCUGUGACACCACCAGCAAGCCCGGAGUAUACACCAAGGUCUGCCAAUACCUCAAGUGGAUCAGAGAAACCAUGAAAAGGAACUGACCGAGGUGGCCGACGGAUGGAGCCACAGCAGCACCAGUGGCCGGCUGGCAGCCCUCUCCUGACCUGGGACCGAAUCAGACUAUUCCCCAAGACCCUGUCCAAGGCUCAGUCUUAGCCGAGGACUUGGCCCUUCUGAGGCCAGAGCUGGUGCUCAAGCUCACCUGUCAAAGCUCUGAAAUAAGAGUGUGUGCAUCCAA